AUGGCGGAGAAGGCCUCUUCCCCCCCGCAACCUGCUCUUAAACCGCAAUCCUUUUCCUAUGCUAAAGCGGUGACAGGGGCAGGGCAUCUCACCUCGUCAAAAACCCAACAAUGGACACCAGUGGGGGAGCAUGAUCUAGUCCCAGGCUUCUAUAACGGUGAGCCAGCUCUAAACCUGUCCCCCGGCUUCAAGGAAAAGCUUUGUGCUCCAUGGCAGAAGACCUUAGUUGUUCGUUUACUCGGGCUCCGCAUCAACUACACUACUCUAUGCUCCCGUCUCCGGAUGCUAUGGCGGCCUAUUGGAUCAAUGGAGAUCAUGGACCUUGAUGAUGCCUGUUAUCUCGUGCAACUGUCCAACGAUCAGGACUACUUCAAGGCUCUCACCGACGGGCCAUGGGUCAUCUUUGAUCACUACCUGGCGGUACAACAAUGGACGCCUAGCUUUGGCGUGCUCGACCCCCUCCCUAAAACCAUAAUUGUUUGGAUUCAACUACCGAGGCUCAAAGUUCACUUUUAUCACAAGGAGAUUCUGACAUCAUUGGGCAACCUUGUUGGUCGAACAAUUAAACUAGACUACCAUACUCUGAAUCGGCAGCGAAGGAAGUUUGAUCGGUUGGCGGUGGAAGUAGACUUGUCCAAACCUUUGGUUCCGCGUAUCUUUCUGGACGGGAAAUGGCAAAUGGUCGAAUACGAAAAUCUCCCGGUUGUAUGCUUCGAGUGUGGAAAGAUCGGGCAUAAUGCCACGUCCUGCCCGAUGCUAUGUCCAGUGAACACCCCGAGCCAACUUGUCAUCACCGGCGGGGAAACUCCGGCGACCCCCCCAACUGUUGCCGACGAAUCCAACCCCGGCUUCGGCCCAUGGAUGUUAGUUACCAAAAAAAGUCGUCGCAAUCCAAGGGGGGCUUUGAAAAAAGGAAAGUCGGAGAGUGAUUUUGGGGCUGCAGUUCAUGGACAAUACAUCAAAGAAGGGAAAGACGUGGCAAAGGUUAAGGAAAGUGGAGUGCAUAUUAGUCAAGUGGUGACUCAAAGAAUCCCAACGCACCAAAGACCAAAUGUCCAGGAAAGGAAAGGAGAACAAUCAGGGAAGGAAGGAGGUGGUUCACUUAUGGCAAGGAAGGAUUCUCACAAAGGUAAGGGAAUAAUCAAGGAGGACAACGGUCAUGGCAUUUUGGGACCCAAGCCUUUACAUGGCAAUUCAAAGACAAAUGGGCCUCGGCCCAACAUUGACUACAGCCGGGCCUCCACAUCGGCAGCUGUUCAGGGGGAAAACGGGGCGUCCCUGAAAGCAAGCACCAAGCCUGCUAGCCCAAAACGUGGCAUGCCCGCGUCUCCAGUUGUCCAUACGAGCCAGGGACCCAAUGGUACCAAUAUGCAAAUUAUCUCGGUCCAGGCUCCUCCAAAAAUCCUCCAACAACCGGAUCCAUCGCAACCGACGGCUGGAGCUCGAACAAAAAGUAAGAAAUCUGAUCGCCUGCAAGUCAAAAAGGGCACACCAGUAAAGGAUCAUCCGAGCAAAGCUCUGCAGGUCUGGUCGCCGAUCAAGGACAGAAAGUCUAAAUCGAGAGCGCAGAUGGCGACCCUCACCCUUCAAGAAAUUCAUGCUUGGACUAAUGCUGCUGGAGAGAAUGCUUUGGCAGUGCAUACAAAGACUGUCGAAAUGAACACCAAGGAGCAACAUGCUACAACCCUGGCAAUUGCAGAGGGGGGUUCGUCUCCUCCAGUGCAGUAA